GAGGCCUGGCUCCGGUGGUUCUCCCGGCUUGCUCUGGAAUUCUCUCUGAGGCCCGCCGCUACCAUGCACUCAGAUGGGUUGCCCAGAACCGAGUCCCCCAUGCACAGACAGGAGAAGGACGCCGAGCUGGACCGGAGGAUAGUUGCCCUGCGCAAGAAGAACCAGGCCUUGCUACGCAGGUACCAGGAGAUCCAGGAGGACCGACGGCAGGCAGAGCAGGAGGGCAUGGCCGUGACCACCUCCGGGCCCCUCCCACCCGACAGCCUCACCGUCACCAUCAGCCAGGUCCCUGGAGAGAAGCGCGUGGUCAGGAACUGGGCCAGGAUCCCCCUGGGACCCGGCAUGGACCAUGAGGUGCUUGAGGAUGAGGAAGCCGAGGGUCACGUGGGUCCGUUCUGCAUGGGGGACCGCGUGGAGCUGGCCGUGACCAUGGAGAACAAGGCCAAGGCCAAACGGAUCGUAAGUGAAAAGCCCCCCAGAGCAAGGAACCAGGGCCCAGAGGGGUCGCCCAGUGGGGCCCGGCCCCAGAGCUCCCCUGUGCACACAGCCACCAGCUCCGAUUCUGCAGGGAAGGGCACUCGGGAUUCCCACCACCUAGGCCCAGCCCCCCGACAGCCAGUGCGGCCGCCCCGGGAGGCAGACUGGGACUAUGUCCAGUGGAAGCAGGAAAGGGAGCAGAUCGACCUGCUCCGCCUGGCCCGACACAGACAUGCACAGGGUGACUGGCGCCACCCGCGGGACCUGGACAAGGCCAAGCCCACGCUACAGAACUGCAGCAAGCCCAAUGAAGACGGUCCAGCCAGGGGCAGCAGAAGGGGUCCCAGGACCCACAGGAAGCCACAGACCCCCCUGUUGACCCCUGAAGGAAAAGGUCGGGGUGGACAACCUGGCAGGCCUUGCGUGGCAUCAGCCACAGGCAGCAGAGCCCAGGGGAAGGAGAGGCUGACCGGCAGGGCCCGAAGGUGGGACCCGAAGGAAGAGAAGGAAGAGCCGCAGGGUGGCCAGGGAACUCCUGCUGCUGAGGAGGAGCAUACACAGAGGCAGAGCAAGACAGAGCCAGGCAGACUGGAGACACCCCCAGCUUCCAGCCCAGUCCCAGCGUCCCCAAAGCAGCCGGCAGGGGAAGCAGGAGUCUCGGCCGCCCUUCCAGCCCCUGGCUCUCCACAGACACCUGACUUGGCACCUCUCGACCUGUCUCUAGGAGGAGCCAGAGAGGGCGCAUGCGUGCUCGGUCCAAAGUCAAGCCACCAGGAAGGUCCAGGGGCCUGGCCCGACGGUCCUGAGCAGCAGCCCCUGGGGCGGAAUGACCCCCAGCCCGGGCUGCAAGUUCAGACUCCUCCUGAGUCAGAGAGGGAAGCAGGGGUCUCAGAGCCCAGAGAGGAUAGGGCUGGGCCUCCGCAGAGCCUGGCCCCUCGAAAUAGGCCUUCCAGAGGGACGGGGCAGAGAGGGAGAGGCCCGGGUGCGAGGAGCAAGACAGGGGGGCCUGGUCCUCCAGGAAAGUGCUGAGCAAAGCUCCUGCCGUGGGGAGUCAGCCUGGGACAGAGGAGGGAGGCACUCAGUUAAGUGUCUUCUGAGGGACCUGGGUCCGGUUGUGGGUGGUUUGUGUCCAUCUGGCUGAGCAGCGUGGCUAGCUGUCCAGCCGGGCACCCCGUGAGGGCAAGGAGGCUCAUGUGGCCCCUCCGGGCCGCUCCCCAUGCACACAGGGGUUUUUGUUUUUCCUGUGUGAACACGGUCCCCGGUGUGCAGACAUUCUGGUAUUCCUGACCCAAGUCUGCCAACUGCCAGGUCGUGACUUCAACAGCACUCGCCUCGGGCUAAGCCCAGCCCCCGUGUACAUGCAGUUUCUGCUUCCUCGGUUCCAGGCGGACAGCCUGGCUAGCAGUCCCUUCUCCGGCCUGUCCCAGGAUGGCCACGCAAGGGGCAGUCCCUGGUUCAAACACCACCGGCCUGCUUCCUCGCACUAUGGACUACAAGGCUGAGAGCCAGGGAGGUCUCACUCUGCCAGGGCCCGGCCUGCGAGUAGAGCUGGGGUCUUCUCUGGAAAGAGAUUCCCCCUCUCUGACAAGGGGAGGGCUCCCCGGACCUCAAGCAGAGUGGGAGAGCUCCCUGGCGGGCAGACCCCUUCCCACACCCAGGUCAGACAUCACGUGCACCCCGAGUGGA